GUUGGCCGUUGCAUCUCCUAGGCGAAGCUGCGCGGGGCGAUAACUGCGCCAUUAUGGCUACUGCACAAGCUGCCAAGCCAGAAAGAACAAUUGUGGUCUGCGGAGUUCCAGAUGGCCUUCUUGACGACGACAUAAUGGCUGACAUACUAAUGAUUCAUUUUCAAAAGGCAAAGAAUAGUGGUGGAGAUGUGGAGGACGUAGCCUAUCCUACAUCCACAAAAGGAGUGGCCUACGUAACAUUUGAAGAUAAAUGGGUUGCAGAGGAAGUUCUCACAAAAGGCGAACACAGCCUUGAAGACAAGAGGCUACACAGGAGUUAUCCCUUGAAAGUAUCAUUGUAUGGAGGAAGUGUUUUUACUUGUGUAACGUGUACCCUCAAUUUGUCCAUUUUUGGAGAAAAAUACAACUUGGCAGAUCUGGUGCAAGACCUUAAGAAGAGCCUCCCACGUUUGAGCUUUGGGCCAUUGUCUCCCAAUGGACUAAUAACUGUGCAGGGACCAUUUUCAGCUAUUCGUAUCCUCCAAGAUAAACUUUCAUUAGAAAUCAAACAUUCCCUUUCAGAACAACAUGUUAAGGGAAGAGAAAGGGUGCUGGUUCACAAGCCAGCGAUGAAGCCAACGAGCAGUGGAUUCUCCUCAGAGCCGAGAAAUAAUUUCGUUCAAAGUACAAGCAAGGAGGGGCAAACUGUAGCCCUCGAUACUGAUAUAUAUCUCUACAUGAAAAAAUUCAGAGACCAGUUAUAUCAAAAAUGUCUAGAAAAACACAGUGUCACUAGUUUUGAAUCUGUAGAUGGUGAGCUCACCACCAUCUACCUCAGCAACGACAACACCAAGCCAGGUCCUGGCCAGUUAGAACGUGCCAAAAAUACGAUUGAGGAAUUGUUGGCAGAUCUGCAUUGCUUUUUGCGCAAAGAAAGAUUGCCUCUGGACGGCACUACCAGAACUGAGAAACGAAAACAUGAGCAAGCGUGCGAGCUAGUUGGCACUCAGUACCCCAAAGUUUUGAUGAUCCCAUACCAAACUCACAUAGAUAUUAUAGGAUCUUCUUCAGAUGUUUAUGAGUUUUCCCAACAAGUGAAUAAAAUGGCAGGGAAUGUCCCCAAACAGCCUUGGAGGUAGGCAGUUAUUCUGAUAUUGAGGGCAGGCCUAGGUAUUAUGCUUCCCCCCACUCCCCAAAAUGGUGACCUUGGGUUGCUUUCUUUGCCCGUAAUGUGCAAUACGUGUUUCCCCAUCUGUGCUCCACUUCAUUGAGCGACAGAAGCAGGAAAAUGACAGGGUAGACAGUGAUUAAGGAGAGAUGGGAGAACUUGACAUUGGGUUGAAGUUUUUGGUGAAAGUACUAUGGUAAAUACAAUAAUUUUGCCCUGAAAGUAAAGUGUGAGAUCAGACAUCAUAAACAUGAAUGGACAGCAGUCAUUCAACAGAAGUGAUGGAAGUGGCAUAGCUCAACAUAGAUAUUUUUUUUAAAUUAUAGAUGACAUAUCCUUUUGUACCUCUCCCUCUGGACAUCAACACACAUUACAAAUCCAAAUAACUUACGGAGCAGCCCUGGUUCAUUAAAGUCUCUCCCUCCAGCCCCCAUCAUUUUCUGUGGACAAAAUAGAAAUAACCUAUAUUCUCAGCAUGUUCCUGUUCAGUUGUAAGGUUUCUAGAUCUUGUUAUACACAAGAUUUUGCAGUAUAAGAACUAUGGACCAUUGUAGACAUUUUCUUUUAAUAUUUACAAUGAAAGCUGGUUAUAAAUAUCUUGGUUGUGUGCGUAGCUGGUUUCAAUUAAAGCUGGGUUGAUAGACCAGCUGUAAAGUUGUUUCAGAUUAGCCUUUCUCACCUGCCCACCAGUGAGAGAAAUUAGGUGGGUCUCCACAUGGAAGAGGGCCUUUUCAGCAGUGGCCCCACACCUGUGGAAAGAACUCCCACCGUCGGCCUGCCAUGCACCAUUCUUACAGGCUUUUAAGAAGGCCUUAAAAACAUUUUCUUUUAUUAUAGCUUUCUCAUAAAUGAACACUGUUUUGCUGCUACUGCCCUCGUUUUUAUUGUUAGUUUUUACUGUUAGCUUUUAUUGUUUUUAACUGAUAUUUUACUGUCUAUGCUUUUAUUGCUUUUAAUGUUUGUACUGUUUUAUGUAUAGUUGAAAGCCGCCUUGGGAGGGCUUCUGCCCUGAAAGGCGGCUAAGAAAUGUUUUAAAUAAAUAAAUAAAUAAUAAAAUUAAUAAUUCUAGAA